AUGGGGAAUGAUCCACUCGCACGGUCAUACGAGCGCCUACACGGGAUCACUCCCCAGCUGGAGCCGUCUCCAGAACUCAACGAGCUAUCGUAUGGCGAGUACGACGCGGAGGUGACCGAUGAAGGGGAGGAGGGUCAAGGUCAAGGCCGCUCAUUCCUCGUCCGCGCUAAAUUCGACUAUAUCGCUACGGACCCGUCGGCUCUAUCAUUCCGAAAGGGCGACCUGAUCGAGGUGAUCACCACGCUCGAUUCGGGGUGGUGGGAUGGUAUGCUCGGAGAUGCACGGGGAUGGUUUCCGUCCAAUUAUGUGGAUCUAGUCGAGCAGGACGAGCUCGACGAGAUGGAGCGGGAAGGACAGCGGGCGAGGGCGGAUACGAUCGAUACGCUGUCGACCUCGUCCCCUGUCAAUCGGUUUGGCCCGUCCGGCUCGAGACACGUCGAUCGGAGGAGAGACGACGCGGAGGACUUUGGAGCGGGUCUAUUGCGCGGGGCAGAGGCGAAGCGGAGAGAGAGGGAAGGGACGGCAGGGACUAUAAGAGGGAAUGGAGGACGUGCGGAGGAUGGGACUACACCUGUGCCUGGGAGGAGAGGAGCGGAAGAGACGCCUCGAGCGGGGGUGAGGAAGAGUACGAGGUCGAGUUUGCGGAAUGGGAAUGGGGAGGGAGGGGAGGAUGACGCGUGGAUACCGUGUUUAACGGCAGAUGGGGAGGUAUAUUACCACAAUACCCAAACCGGGGAGGACUCGUGGGAUCUCCCAGUGCCCAAUCACGAGGAGGACGAUCUGUACGAGGACGAAGAAACGGACUAUUUCCCCACUCCCGGCUCGAAUCCCCCUUCUUCCACCUACAUCGCCGAACCCUCUAUAUCGGAUACCCACACAGACGACUUUCGUCCGCCCCCCAAAGCCACCUCGGAGAUCCCUUACCCCUGGGUCAGCCGGCUCAGCGACGAUGGUCAACAAUGGUACUACAUCAAUCGGCUCACCGGAGCGGAAUCGCUCGUGCUCCCUCGGGAAGAGAUGGUUCGGCGGGAAAGUAACGCUAUUGGGGACGUAUCGGAUGACCUCGGCGGGAUGCGGCUCGGAAGCGUUCCUCUUCCCGCUGGAAGGUCACUCGCGGACAAGGAAGCGGCGGCGCGGAAACGGCUGAGCCCGGAACAACGGGCCAAAGCCAUGCUGGACUGGGAACGGCGGUCUCGUCACAAGCUGGAGAUUGCUACUCGACCCACGGAACGGUCGUCCCUCAGCAUCAUGCUGGAAAUCAUCAAUGAUACCCUGCGCGAGGUAUUUGAGGCGUCCGUAACUGGCUCGGCGGCAGAAGAGGAGAUGUCGCGCGCGAUCGACCUCAAUUCCCAUCCUGCCCGUCUGGCCGCUAUUGCGCGGGAAGAACAGGCCGUCGAGCAAAUCACGACUUCGCAUCGGGACCUCCUCGCGUCUAUCGGGGACCUGCUUCGUGCGUUCGGAUACGUCGGUCCGAUCGAUACUGUCGAGGAUAUGCCCCGGCCGGCAUGGACGGGCGAUAUCACCCUCGUCGGUUCCGUCGGUGUCUUUUCGGCCAAUGUGCACGCUGCGCUCUAUUCGAAAAAGAUCCCAGAGACGAAAUUGUCGGUCUGGCAGGAGGUGAUGCGGAGCGCGAGCAAGCUCAGGGAUAUACUCGUCGAGUUUCCAGAGUUGGCGACGGGGGGUGCGGUCACGGGACGGAGAUUGUGGGCGUGGAUUGGGGUGGAGAAUCCAGUAGGGGGAGUGUAUGCCGGCCGCUGGGGGUUUGGCGGGAAUGAGGUGGGGAGGUUGUCGAGAGUGCUAGGUGACGAUGUGCUGGCGGAUGCGGAGCAUGCCAGGGGCGCCUUCGAGUCCAGCGUCCGGGAUGGUAGUGGCAGUGGAGGAGGAGAAGAGCGGGAAUUGGGGAUUAUGCGGACAGCGGAAAGAGUCAAGGCGGUCCUGCAGGAUGUGGACGUCGCUGCGGUCAUUGAUAUCGACGGGAUCCCAGGGGAUGAGGGCGAGAAUGAUCUUUCGAGAAAGUAUGGGUCGCUCGUCCAUCAAGCCAGAGCCGGAGUAUCGGAUCUCGACCGAGCGGUACUCGACCUCGACCGAUAUAUCGCCGCUUACUACCUCGCUUUAUGCCAUUCUCAUACCACUCCUUCUCCUCAAGUCAAUACGGCCCUUUCUUCCCUCAGCGCUGCUGUCACAUCCUCCACCCGAUCCCUGUCCACCAUCCUCGCCAUCGCUCGGGAUCAGCGAUACAUCACUGACACACUCGGCGCAAGAGGUCAGAUCGGCGUUCGAUCCCCUCGGUACGGUAUCGUCACUCAGGCCCCGGCUCCGCCGCGCCCUCCCCGUCCCGCAUCGAUCGUCUCGGACACGUCGAGGGGGUCUCGUGCCUCUCGCGCAUCGGCGGUAGAGGAGAAACGGGGCAAGACGCGGGGAAUUGAGGAUGAUUUCCAAGAUUCCGAGGAGAGAUUGGACCGGCAAGUCUCGCUCGCACGUGUCGCGGCCGGUGGCGGCAACAAGUCGAAGAGCCGACUACCGGAGCAGCCUUCUGCGGGGAGCAGUACGACUAGUCUGGCGUACCAGCGGACCGAGAGCGAUGCGGGGAGUACGAGGGGAGGGACUGGAGAAGCGUUGAGACAAGCUAGGGAACAGGCUGACUGUCCAGCUCGCGAAAAGGCAGAAAAGGUCGCCAUGGCGCUGAACAACAAGCAACGCGGCGCGCGCAAACUCGCCAAACUCCUAGGCGAGGACGUAUCGAACAUCCCGCACUUGACGACCAGCCCACCUCCCAUUCCUCCGCCCCUCCAGCCUAAUCUCCAGCGCCAACAGUCACUCUCUCAGCAGUCGCCUAGCGCGCUGACCACGCCCGGAUCGGCCGGAUUUGGGUCGAUAUCACUACCGGCUCCGCCACCCCCGCCACCUGCGGCGCCGGCUGCUCCGACCCCGUGGUACCUGGCUGAGGACUACAAGAUGGAGGAUAUUGUGUUUGAUGAUAAGGGGGCUGUUAAGGCUGGGACGCUGCAAGCUUUGGUGGCGAGGUUGACGCCACAUGGAGCUACGGAUACGUCCUUCUUCCAGGCCUUCAUGCUCACCUUUCGGUCAUUUACCACCGGCGACCUGCUGUUCGAACAGCUGCUCGAGCGGUAUCAUGUCCCUCAGCCAGCCGGGAUGGAUGAGAUGCAGGAGGCGGACUGGGUCAAGCUCAAGCAGACGCCGAUCCGACUGAGAGUCGCCAAUGUCCUUCGAGCGUGGCUUGACGUCCACUUUAUGGUCGAUCAGGAUAUGCCCAUGCUGGACAAGAUUGAGCACUUUGCCACGUCGACCAUGGUCGAUGCUGUCGGGUCCGAGAUGCUCCGGAUGCUAUCCAAGACGCUGAACAAUCUCGUUGCUCGGCGGCGCCGCGGCGAAGACCCCAACCAACGCCGUAUCGUCUCUGGCGGCCUCCUGUCCCCUCCAGCCCCCCUCCUCCCCCGAGUCUCAGGCAAGACCCUCCAACUCACCGAUAUCCCCCCACUCGAGCUCGCGCGCCAACUCACCAUUAUCGAAUUCGCCAAUUUCCAGCGGAUCCGCGCUCCAGAAUGUCUCCAUAAACUCUGGGCGUCGGAGGACGAGCUUCAAGCUGUCAAUGUACGGAUUGUGAUUCAUACAGCCAACAAGCUGGCGGCUUGGAUUGGGUACUUGGUGUUGCAGCCAAAGGACGCGAAGGGGCGGGCGGCAUUGAUGAAGCACUUCAUUCAGUGUGCUUUUGACCUACGCCUGAUGAACAACUUCUCGAGCAUGGCCGCCAUCAUCGCUGGACUGAACGCUGCGCCUGUCGAUCGGCUGAAGCGGACCAAGGAGCUUCUCUCUGCCAAGACGCUGGCGAUGAAGGAGGAUCUGGACAAGACGAUGGACUCGAGCAAAAACUUUGCCAAUUACAAGGAGAUGCUCAAGACUAUCAAUCCACCUUGUGUUCCCUUCUUGGGCUUCUACCUCUCCGCCCUGACCUUCAUCGAGGACGGGAACCGAGAUCUCAUCGAUCCCGCCUUUAUCAAUUUCUUCAAGCGCCACCUCUCGGCGGAGAUUAUACGGGAUAUCCAGCAGUAUCAGUCGCAGCCGUACAACCUCGCCAAGUGUAAACCGGUCCAGGACUUUUUGGCGGCGGGGUUGCAAAAGGUGGAAGCGGCGGGGGAUAUGUACGAUCGGAGUUUGCUGUUGGAGCCGAGGGAACGGGAAGAGGAACGGAUACAACGGAUGUUACAUGAUUCGGUGAGUUGGCAGUGGGGAUCUGAGAGGGAGACGAGGGGAUGGGUCUGA